ACCUUUUGUAGAUCAGUAGCCCAUUAUAAUCAAGUUGGUCACUACCAUUUGAAUUUGUCCUCUUUUUCUUUAAAAGUUGUUUUUUUUCUUUCAAAAAUGCUACUCUAAGAGUAAGAUUCAUGAAGUGUUGUUGAUUUUGGAAAAAAAAAGGAGAUGAAUCUGCAUGUUGAAACUAUCAUUGAGGGUAGCUGAAGAGGAAACAUUCACAUGAAAGUGUCACUAUUAAUGACCCCUUUGAGCUGUUGCUCCUUCUUUGUCUGUUGUUCAAAAAUGGGUCUUUAGAUAUCCGAGUUCUUGGAUCUGGGUUGUAAAGUCUUCUUCUUUAACCUCCUCAAGUCUGAAGAUUUACUCACUUAAAGUCACUACAUUUAAGUUUCCUCUGAUGGGUUUAGCUUAAAUCUGUCAACUUUGAGAUUUGGGUCUUAGCUCUAACCAAGAGAUUCAACCACUUCUUCUUCUUUGAGAUUUGUGCCUUUAGCAAAAAAAAAAUGGCUCCAAGGUUUGAUUUUUCAGAUUUGUGGGCGAAGGAUACAAGGAGAGGUACACCAGUAGUGGUGAAAAUGGAGAAUCCCAAUUACUCAAUCGUUGAAGUUGAGGAACCUGACAGUGCCUUUCAACCAAUAGAGAAGAGUAGAGGCAAGAACGCUAAGCAAGUGACUUGGGUUUUGCUACUGAAAGCUCACAGAGCUGUUGGGUGUCUCACUUGGCUAGCCACACUGUUCUGGUCUCUCCUUGGUUCGGUCAAGAGACGGCUCAGUUUCACUCAUCCACUUGGCUCUGAGAGACUUGGUAGAGACAGAUGGCUUUUCACAGCCAUUAAGCUCUUCUUAGCUGCUUCAUUGGCCACUCUUGGUUUUGAAUUAGUUGCUUACUACCGAGGAUGGCAUUACUUCAAGAACCCUAAUUUACACAUCCCGACAAGCAAACUCGAGAUCCAGAGCUUGUUUCAUCUGUUUUAUGUUGGUUGGUUGAGUUUAAGAGCUGAUUAUAUCGCUCCUCCAAUCAAAGCUCUCUCCAAGUUUUGUAUUGUGCUGUUCCUUGUACAGUCUGUGGAUCGUUUGAUUCUUUGCUUAGGCUGUUUUUGGAUCAAGUUUAAGAAGAUUAAGCCUAGAAUCGUUGAGGAGCCUUUUCGAUAUGAUGACGUUGAAGGUUCAGGAUCUGAGUAUCCAAUGGUUCUUGUUCAGAUACCAAUGUGCAAUGAGAGAGAGACNUCCAACUUCAAUGUUAAGGCUGAUGUAUCACACAAGGAAAGCAACACCUCAUGUUUUAUUGUAUUGAUGAUAGAUCUAUGUGAAAAUUGA